AUGAAUAUGCAGAGCUUCGGACGACAAUUAAGUUCCUCCAAAGUCCGCCAAACUCUUUAUAAUAGCAGUACACGACCACAUCCAUUAAGAUGUCUUCAUGCAACGGCAGCAGGACAAGCUCCACGGAAGCGCAACUUCUUCUCUUCUAAUGCCACUCUUCAGCAAGAAUCGAACUCGAACGGAGUAGUAGAAAAUCUGCCACCAGCACCAUCACAAAAGCGUAAGCCUGUCAGGUCACCAGCUGGGAAGACAUCACUUCGACGGGUCGCUGUGGAGGCCCAAAGGUCUCGAGAGAGUACUAUUAGGCGGCAAGAUGUAGGGGCAGAUGGAGAAGGAAGCAAUAGAGUUACUGCGAUAUCAGUAGCAGACCAAUUUGACAUGGAGGCCGUUGCGCGGAUUCUCCGAUCACACGGGUUUCCAAUUGAUCCAGAUGCAACUGGAUUCGAGAUGGACCAAGUCAUACAUACCCGAGGCGUGAACAAUGGAGACAUCUUCGUCUUUCCCUCCGGAUCCGUCGUAGCUUGGUCCCUACCAGAAGAUGUUGUCUCUGAUCUGGCAACCAAGACUCUCCGGCCAGCAGCUGUCACCCCGCAUACUGGACAGGUCGAGAUGGAAGAUUUGGAAUAUGCUGAGGAUCCCAAACGAGAGAACAGUACGGUGAAGGGAGAUGUUAUUGUUUUGGGAACAAAGUCGGCCCUGCAGGAGGAGAACCUUGAUUCCAGAGUUGAUACGACCCUCGCAAAGAUCGCCUUCUCUUCGGGUCUGGCCCGCUCUACAAAGCUAGCAGUAUUGGAAACAAUGCUGGGGAAAUACUUUGAGUCUACACGAACAAUACCGACCACUCUCUCUCGAGGCUCGAAGCUACCUUUCAAUCGAAGAUUUAUGAUGCAGAAAACGGGCGAGUUGCUAGAACUGAGGGCUCAGUUAAAUCACUACUCCGAGCUGACCGACUCCUUACCAGAUCUGUUUUGGGACAGCAGACAUGAGCUCGGAUUGGAAGGAUACUAUGACCAAGUUGGGAGGGCUCUUGAUGUUGGAGUUCGGAUCAAGGCCUUGAACGAGAAGAUGGACUACGCCCAAGAAAUCGCAUCAAUUCUGCGCCAAACGAUGAGUGAGAAACACAGUAUCCAUCUUGAGUGGAUCAUCAUCAUCCUCAUUGCGGUGGAAGUUGGCUUUGAGCUCCGACGUGAGUGGAAGGAGAGGAAGGAAAGGCUGGAAAAAGCAGAUACCGAAUGA